AUGGCUUCUACUCUGUGGUUUACAUUGAUUCUCGUGUUUACAGCAGUCGGGCUGGAAGGUAAGGUGCAAAGUGUAUGUUGAUAAAUCGUUAGCAAUACAUUGUUUUUAUUUAGCCUGCGAGCAACCACUCUGGGGCGCUCUGGGUCCCGCGACCCCAGAGACCGCUAGCAAGCUCCGAAGGGGAUAUCAAUGGUAAGCAAAAGCGCUCUUCUUUGAGUUCACUUCACUCUGUAUAGAUCAAAUGCGGUCCCGAUUUCCAACCUACAUAAUAUCUUAUGACGUCUUCAGUAAUUCUCAGUACUCUCAACUUCGGAAAUAUUUCUAGCUUAUUCGUUCCUUCUCUCUGCAGAAAUGCAUAAUUACAAUAUACUAGCUUUACAGGAACUGAUCAAAUAUUCUAGGAAAAAAAAUUGAACUAUUUGUUUUCUAGUUUCGGCCCAAGAAUGUAAAACAACAUUCCUCAAAUUCGAGUCCUCCCUAAAAAGAAAUUUAAGUCUUGAUUACAUCAGCCUCUUUUACGUAUCUUAAAGUCGCAGGAUAAUUACAUAAAUUAUGAGAGUCCAAAAAAAUAUAAAUUUUGUUCGUUGUUUUGUGAUGACUACAUUUGUAUCUUCUCACACCGUUUAUAGUUCAGUUUUUAUUCUUUUCUAUUUCUUAAUCUUUCCUUUUUCGUCCUAAGUGAAUGUAUUCUUGAUGUUUUUCUUUGAAUAAAUAUAUUGAUAAUUUAAUAAACUGGCUCUGAUAUUGAAACACCUCCCGAUCUUCCCUGGCAAACUAUCGCAGAUCUAUAUCCAAAAAUCCAAAUUUAUACCAGAAUCCAUCGUCAUACCACUGAUACUUCAGUAUACGUAGAAAUAAAAUUUUAUGUUGUCGGUUGAGGAGGUAUGAUUGUUUCUUUUAGUGCUGAUUAUCUCAAGUCAGCUGAAGGAGCUCCGACCUUAGACUUGCCUAAUGAAUGAAUGAAUUACUUCAUCACAUCAUUUGAGCUACACAAUUAUUGAGCAGAGAAAAGUUAAAGUUUGCAGGACGAAUCGAAAAUACCUUUUUAGACAACCAAUUGAAUUUGUAUAGGUAAUAGCAUGAUUUGUAGUGAUAUUUAGCAUAAAUACCACUAGUGAUAUUUCGAAAUUGUUAUACGUAAUUUCACGAGCCGUUAGGCGAGUGAAAUCGGAGACUAUUUUGAAAUAUCACGAGAGGUAUUUAUGCCAAAUAUUACGUACAAAUCAUGCUAUUAUUUGUUUAUACUACUACCCGCAAAGGUUUGUAAUUUUCACAUGUAGGUAUUUCAAAUUAAGGUGAAAUACCACUGCUCUAAGGCAAUCAAAUUGCAGAAAUUUUUCAUGUAGUAGUAUAAUAACUGUAAAACAGCUUUAGGCUGUAGCUCAUAUUCUAAAACGUUUCAUUCAGUAGCGUCAUUUGUUUUGUUCCUAAUCUUCCACUUUCUAUAAAUUUUAUCAGCUGUUUUUAGCACAGGUCCAUUUCCGGCUGCAGGAAUUUACCUGCCAUCACCAACUGGCACCUCACAUCCACGGAGCAGUGAAUCCCUACCUAUAACCUCUUCUCCAUCAAAGCCUGAAGGAGGUAUGUUCGUUACUUUAAAUCCUAUCGAAUUCAAGUAAAAAUAAUAGUUUCUCUCCUGCGGAUGGGAACUAAACUAUUUUUUCAAGCGAAAUCUGCGUACAAAAUGGUAUCGUUUUGUGAACCAACUUGGCAGCCUGGUCACGUGGCGGCAAACAAAGGAUUGGAGCCAUACAAUUAGAGAGCAGGGAAAAGUUAAAUUUUGUAGAACAAGUUGAAAUUUUUUUUUACAACAGCAAAUAAAUUUUUAACUGUAGAAUAGGUUUUUCGUUUAGCCCAUGAUUCAAUUUUCCAUCACUUCAUUUUUUCGUUUCUACAUGUAGUCAUCCAGUGUCCUUAAAUUUCAGCUACUGGUUCUAGCACAGGUUCACCUACGGCUGCAGGAAUUUCCCAGGCUUCAUCAGCUGGCACCUUACAGCCAUCUGCCAACGAAACCACAACGACCCUCCCCGAACCCACAACCGCCACUCCCACAACACCUGUAGGAGGUAUGUUUGUUAAAAUUUGUUCCAAUCUUGUUCCCACCAAAUGAUUGUCCCUUUCGUUCCAGCUGGGCGGAUAUUUGUUAUUUGCUUUCUUUUAUACUGUUAGACUACGUGAUUAUACUCAGAGCAACUCGGUUUCUGUAAAAUUUCAUGUGUUUACAUAUGAAUAAUAAUCAGCAGAAAAACAUGUGCCAUACUGCUUAAAUGGGUCAACUAGUCAUCCCUGCAUGAGUCAACUAAUCCACACAACCUUUUCAUAAGCGAAUCAUUGCGCAGUUUGGAAGUUUAGAAAGAUGACAACGAUGACAACGACAGCGAAAUUCCCAGAAGCAUUUGAAUGUUCUGCCUCUCUUUGGCCAGUAGGCGAUAAUUUGCAGCUAAUCAAAAUUGGGAAUUCAUCCAAUUCUGAUUGGCAAAUUAAAAGAAAAUACCCGGCGCUCUCGUCGCUCAUUGGCCUUAGAGCAUGCGAUUAACAUCUAAGGAAGUCCACUUUCUAGUUUCAUGCUUUUCUAUUUCAGACAAGAACUUUUGCAAAAGGAAACUCACAGGUCUUUACACCGAUCCAAAGGACUGUGGAAGCUACUACCAAUGUUUUGCUGGGAGAACAUUCUGGAAACAUUGUCCCAAAGGACUUCACUUUAACUCUAAACUCAAAGUUUGUGAUUUCCCAGCUUUUGCAAAAUGUGCAGUUGGUAUUUAAAUUCUGUAAAACAGCCGUAGGUAAAAUAAUUUAUCAGAUAAUAGUUUACAAGCUGUCCGUAAACAAGGUCUGGUUAGAUAGUAAUAACUCUCGUAAUAAGUCGGCUGUGCCUGUUUCCAAAUUUCCACGAUCAAUGAACAACUAAAUUUAAAAGUGACUAUAAAGAAUGUAAUCGCGAUCUACCUAGGGUCAGAAGUAACUUCAAAUUUAAAUAAAUAAGAAGGC